GGAGGCCACUAUACGCCACCUGACUGCACCCCAUCCCAAACGGUGGCAGUCAUCAUCCCCUUUAGACACCCGGGAGCACCACCUACGCUAUUGGCUCCACUAUCUGCACCCCAUGUUGAGGCGGCAGCAUCUGUGCUAUGGUACCUAUGUCAUCAACCAGCAUGGUGAGGAGACCUUCAAUCGGGCCAAGCUGCUCAACGUAGGCUUCCUAGAGGCCCUGAAGGAGGAUGCUACCUAUGACUGCUUCAUCUUCAGUGAUGUGGACCUGGUCCCUAUGGACGACCGCAAUCUGUAUCGUUGUGGUGACCAGCCCCGCCACUUUGCCAUCGCCAUGGACAAGUUUGGCUUCUGGCUUCCCUAUGCUAGCUACUUUGGAGGUGUGUCAGGCCUGAGUAAGGCCCAGUUUCUGAGGAUCAACGGCUUUCCCAACGAGUACUGGGGCUGGGGCGGUGAGGAUGAUGACAUCUUCAACCAGAUCUCUCUGACUGGGAUGAAGAUCUCGCGCCCGAGGUUUAGUAAGACUCAAAACACAAAGAUGAGCAUGAAGUGGGAUGGCAUUGGAUCAGUGCGGUACCGAGUCUUGGAAGUGUCUCAGCAGCCACUCUUCACCAACAUCACGGUGGACAUCAGACUACCCAUGUCGUGGUUCAAUCACGGCUGA